AUCAACAUGUCGUAUGGAUGCCUAUAUACAUGUAUUGUUGUGUUCACCUUAUUGAUGCGAGAAUCUAAAGGAAACUCCAUUGUUGUUACCAAUACAUCUGGCAUAAUUACUUCGCCUAAUUAUCCUGGUGAAUACAACAAUGAUUUUGAUUGUGAAUACAUCAUUCAAAGUCCGACCAAGCAGCCAAUAACUCUAGUAUUUGACGAUUUUGAUAUAGAGGACGAUGAUGACUGCACCAAAGAUUAUGUAACGGUAAAAGACGGUGCUAACAUAUUACUUGGAAAAUUCUGUGGAGAUGAUAUUCCUUAUCCACUGCUUGCUUUAUCAGGUGUUAUUAUUCUGAAUUUUCAUAGUAAUAAUAAAGAUACUGAGAGAGGAUUUCGAGCAGUAUUUAAUGACAGUCAAGAUUGUGUUAAUGUAACAAAAGAUUCCAAUGGCACUAUUCAGUCUCCAAAUUAUCCUAAAUAUUAUCCAACAAAUAUCAUUUGUCUGUACUAUAUCGAACACAGACAGCUAAAUACGUGCAAUUGUAUUCUGCUUAGGGUACAAGAUGGAAUAUCACAAUCCUCAAAAAAACUAGGGAAAUUCUGUGGAAGAAGGAUUCCUAGUAUUCCAGUCAUACUUUCAGGAACUGUUUUUGUAAUAUUUAGGUCAAACAACGUUGCACCUUGGUCAGGGUUCAAAGCAGAAUAUAAGGAAUAUAAAGAAGAACCAUUCUUAGAUUGUAGCGGUUUUCUGAACGUCUCUAUGGGUCGUAUUCAAUCCCCAAAUCAUCCGGAGAAGUACAAUUCUAACACAGACUGUGUGUAUACGCUAGCCAGUAAAUAUAAUGGUCUGAUCAACUUGACAUUUACCUUUUUUGAGAUGGAAGACCCACUUUUAGGAAAUUGUACCUACGAUUUUGUUGAAAUUAACGACUCGAAUACUAGUAUUGGAAAGUUUUGUGGACUUAAAAACCCUGUUUUAAAUUUGACAUUUACACUAUCAAGGAGUGUUCGUGUAGUUUUCCAUUCUGACAGCUCAAGAAAUUAUAAAGGAUUCAGUGCCAACUUUGCAGAAAUAACAGUCGCCCAAACCACUGACGAAGUGCUGACAACAGUAUCGUUGUUCACAACAUCUGGAAAUAUGUGGAACAACAAAAUUACACCAUUUACGAACACAUCAUCAGUAAACCCAGUGGUUAUUAGUGCUGCUAGUGGUGGACUAUUUGGAGUGAUAGCUGUGGUUACUAUUAUAUGUGUCAUAGUAGGUCGUCACAGGAGAACAGAGACAAAUAGAAUAAAAAGAAAACAUCCCAAAGAAAUAGAUAAUGAGUAUUCAUAUUCCAACCUAUUAACCGACGAUACAUCGAAUAACAAUCAAAAUGCUGACAGUUCUUAUUAUGAUUUAUCGGACAGUUACAACGGAGAACAUGAAAUUCAAACAGUCAUCAAAACGCCCACAAAAGUUAAAACAAAUGACAGCGAGUAUAUAGAACAAGGAGAAGCCUAUAAUGUUUUGAACAUCCAACCACCGAAAAUCAACGAUACAGAAAACUUUGAUCGAACUAUAGACGAAGUGUAUGAUAAAACGACACAUAUUACGAAUACCAGUUACUCUGAAUUAGGUCUAUAUGAUCAUUCCGCAAAAAUUUAA